AUGGCAUACUAUACUCUUUAUUUCCUCACCUUUGCAGUCGUGAUUUGCGGGACCGCGCUCUAUCUCACCCGGUCCCGGUGGUUGCCCUUAAUCCCAGUCCCGGAUCAUAUCUAUGCUCGCCUUCCCUCCAGCUUUGCGGGGGACCUGGAGGCGGGCCUCUCCUCAUCACAGUUCGAUAUAUCGUCCAACAUCGCAGAUGGCGACACAAGAGCUGGCUUAGACAACAAAGCAAAACGCGAGGUGCAGAAGAUCAUGAAGACGCAGAAUGUUAACUUCGAUGAAGCUCGACGCAUCUACACAGAACGACGGUUUGCUACCCACAAUAUCGGUCCUGACGGUCGGCCAAGGGACCCGAAGUUCGUGUCAUUCUCUUAA